CUAAGUUGGAUUUAAUUAUGACGUGGUGCAAUAAAUGCAACGCGUAAUCAGAACCCCGGGUUAAUAGAACAGCCUCUACUUUUGUACUUUUUACUUUAGAAUUGGGCAAGUGUCUCAAGAUUUGACUAAUCAGCCAGAAAACUGUUUUUUACGCAUGAUACUUUGCAAUGUAAAAACUUAAUUAGUCAAAAUUGUGAUAAUUUCAUGCAUGGAUGCUUACAGAAAUUAUGAUGGGGGCGCUAUUUAGAUUAUCUAACGUGUAAAACAAAACAAACGUAGCGAGUAUUGAAUCUAUAUGCUGUUGGUGAAUUGCGAUGUUAUAUAAAAUGUUAGCAUAACGGCCGACCGCUGCCAUUAUUAUGAACGGUGAGCGCGAGCGCAUUGCAGUUCUGGGCGGGAAGCUGCGGCGACAUCUUUUGAAGCUUUAAAAAAUAUUAAUAAUAUUUGUGAAGUGUUUUUAAAGUAAUUAAACCUAAGAGAUAGUGCUUUAAAAAUUAAGAAAGGAUCCAAUAUGAAGCUGCAGUUAUUGAUGAUAUUGCCGCUAAUUCUGUCUACAGUCGCGAUUAAAGUUCCUGUAGAUAAAAAACAAGAUGAAUCGGAGGAUGAUACAGAAGUAAAGACGGAUGAUACUCAGAAUAAGCCGAUAUACUAUACCUCAGAUGAGAGUGUCGAUAGCUAUUUGAUUCCUCCGAAUCCUCACACACAAGAAGAAGUCUUGCCUGAUUCAAUUGUGACGCCAGCGACUUACCUGUUACCACCGUCCGCUGAUAAACAAGCAGGGUAUUACUACGCACCCACGGAGUCUGGAGAACAAUCCGAUUGGUACCCAAUAGCUCAACAGACUGUACCGCAGGAUCAACCGGUCAAAUUGCUCCCACCGAAACUGCAAAGCGCUGCAAUACCUAUAUUUCUUUCCAACGCCAAUGAUUCCAUACCAUUCAAAGUUAUACAAGACCCGAGGUCUGGAAAAGUGCUCACAGACAGAUUUGUUGUACCCAUACCGUCUGUGAAACUUGAACCUCCGGCAGAAGACGCGCCAAAUGUGUACACGGUUCAAACUCCCUCUGAAGAGCUGGAGUUGCCAGCAGAAGAAAUAGAUCACCAGUAUGACAUUCCAAAACUAUCUGCAAACAAAGGUGAACAUUACUUGGACCACCAACAACCCAUUGCUCCGCAUCUCUUACCACCAAAACAAUUUAUCCGUAAAUACAAAAAACCAACAAAAAUCUACCCAAAGAAGUACGAAGGAAGUUUCAAACCUGUGCCGAUACCUAUAGCUCAGUUUGCUGACGAGGCACUCUCAGAGGUCCCUAGAGCAAAACCUGCAAAGUAUUUCAAGCCUUUACCAAGCAUAGAUGGUGUAAAUUUGACGCCAAUUGAUGAGAAGAGGAUAUACCAGUACGAGCUUGCUCAACAAAAACAAAAAUUGAAAGCUGAAGGAUCACAGGAACAACAAGACGAAUCAGCAGAGAAAUACGUGCCCGUACCACCGACAGAACAAGACGCUUCGGAAUCUCACUACAGAUACCCUGGACAUAACGCAUAUCCAGUGCCAUUGAGGCCGGUGCCCGCGGCGGCGCCGGCGCCGAUCCGAGUUGCACCGACCGCGGCUCCACCCCCACAGAACCAUGCGCAAGCGCCGCCAGCACCUGACGACCGCACUGAGUUCCGCAUGCAUGGAAUGAAAGGACCGCACAGUUACCAGUUUGGAUACGACACUGGCAAAGGCAAAAACCGCCAGUUCCGUUACGAGGAGCGAGACAACGACGGCCUCGUCCGCGGCCACUACGGCUACAUGGACAAGCACGGCAAGCUGCGCGUCGUCAACUACAGGGCGCACCCCGAACACGGCUUCCAGGCCGACACGCAGGAGGAGAACAAGGAGUGAACGAGUCACGGCUANCCACGGCUAGGAAGCGCGCCGUGAUAAAAGCUUAUCGAUGUUUUAAACGAUAAAUCGAUAAGAUGGCGUGCAUCUUUGGCCUACAGAAAUAGACAUAGCUAGAGAUGCGAUGAGAUGCGCCCUUGAGUAUCAGAUAAGAGAAGGAAAACUUAUUUAAUGGCCGCCGUAAUGUAAACAUGAGAUAACGCAACAAAAAAUGAUGUAAAACAUUAUUAGACCACUCCAAGAUGGAAUUUAUUGUUUUUUAUUUGUUGGUAUUGCUGAUAAAUAUGUUGAUCUGUGAAAUAAAGAUGUCCAUACAAAAA